CCGGGGUUGUUCGUGGAGAAAAAGGAGGAGCAGAAGGAGGAAGAGGAGGAGAAGGAGGCGGAGAGGAGGAGGAGGAAGGGCAGGAGGGAAUCCCGCCCACCCCGCGGAAGCUUUUCCUCUCCCGGCCCCAAGUUUGAUCGCAAGCGAGAGGGGAGAUUUUUGGGGACAUGACGACGCUGACGCGCCGGGGCCGCCGCGCCGAGGCCGGACAGGGCUCGGACAAGAAGCCGGACGGCGAGGACUCGGCGGCUGCGGACAGGGAGCUGGGCGAGGACGACAGCGACGGCUCCAAAGACAUGCGGCUGACGCUGAUGGAGGAGGUGCUGCUGCUGGGGCUGAAGGACAAGGAGGGCUACACGUCCUUCUGGAACGACUGCAUCUCCUCGGGCCUGCGCGGGGGGAUCCUCAUUGAGCUGGCCCUGCGCGGCCGCGUCUGCCUGGAGCCGCUGUCCCUGAGGAGGAAGAGGCUGCUGGAGAGGAAGGUGCUCUUGAAGUCAGACGCGCCCACCGGUGACGUCUUGCUGGACGAGACCCUGCGGCACAUCAAGGCCACGGAGCCGGCGGAGACGGUGCAGACCUGGAUCGAGCUGCUGACGGGAGAGACCUGGAACCCCUUCAAGCUGCAGUACCAGCUGCGCAACGUCCGCGAGCGCAUCGCCAAGGCGCUGGUGGAGAAGGGCAUCCUGACCACCGAGAAGCAGAACUUCCUGCUGUUCGACAUGACCACCCACCCCGUCAGCAACGCCACCGAGAAGCAGCGCCUGGUCAGGAGGCUCCAGGAGAGCGUCCUGGAGCGCUGGGUCAACGACCCGCGCCGCAUGGACCGGCGGACGCUGGCGCUGCUGGUGCUGGCCCACUCCUCCGACGUCCUGGAGAACAUUUUCGCCAGCUUGGCCGACGACAAGUACGACGUGGCCAUGAACAGGACCAAGGACCUUCUGGAUGCCGACCCCGAGGUGGAAGCCGCCAAAGCCAGCGGUGCUGAGAUGAUCUGGGCCGUCCUGGCGGCUUUUAAUAAGUCCUAAGAAAGCCGGUGAUCCCACAAAACAAAGAAUUUUGGGGAUGUUUGGGGAUGGAUUUCCCGCGGCUCAGCUCGGGGGGCCCAGCGGUGGCUGGUGGGGCGGGAAGCGAGCGGCAGAAAUGGGCCAAAUCGGGGCAGAAACGGGGCUGCGGAGCUGCCUGGUUGUGCCCAUGGGUCCCACUCGCGGGUCUUGGCUUUGAGCCGCUUGGGUGGCGCAGGUGACGUGUCCUGGGGCAGGGGACAGGUUUGGGGUGUCCAGUGACACUGCGGUUGUGUCACCUUCGAGGAGCAGCUCUGCAAAGCCCGUAGAGCCCUGUCCUGGGCCAUGUCCCCUCCCCGGGCACUGUCAUCCCGCCUGUGUCCCCAGGGCACUGUCACCCCAGCUGUGUCCCCAGGGCUCUGUCACCCCAGCUGUGUCCCCAGGGCUCUGUCACCCCGCCUGUGUCCCCAGGGCACUGUCACCCCAGCUGUGUCCCCAGGGCUCUGUCCCCCCAGCUGUGUCCCCAGGGCUCUGUCACUCCAGCUGUGUCCCCAGGGCUCUGUCACCCCAGCUGUGUCCCCAGGGCACUGUCACCCCAGCUGUGUCCCCAGGGCUCUGUCACCCCGGCUGUGUCCCCAGGGCACUGUCACCCCAGCUGUGUCCCCAGGGCUCUGUCACCCCGGCUGUGUCCCCAGGACUCUGUCACCCCGGCUGUGUCCCCAGGGCUCUGUCACCCCAGCUGUGUCCCCAGGGCUCUGUCCCCCCGGCUGUGUCCCCAGGGCUCUGUCCCCCCAGCUGUGUCCCCAGGACUCUGUCACCCCAGCUGUGUCCCCAGGGCUCUGUCACCCCAGCUGUGUCCCCAGGGCACUGUCACCCCAGCUGUGUCCCCAGGGCACUGUCCCCCCAGCUGUGUCCCCAGGACUCUGUCACCCCGGCUGUGUCCCCAGGGCUCUGUCACCCCAGCUGUGUCCCCAGGGCACUGUCACCCCGGCUGUGUCCCCAGGACUCUGUCACCCCGGCUGUGUCCCCAGGGCUCUGUCACCCCAGCUGUGUCCCCAGGGCUCUGUCACCCCAGCUGUGUCCCCAGGGCUCUGUCCCCCCCGGGCUGUGCCCUGUCACACACUCUCUAGUAAGAGGAAAAAUCUAACUGUGACUUUAUAUAUAUAUUUUUUAAUUAUUCCCCCACCGCUUAAAUCAUUUCGAUGUAUUUUUCUGUAUUUUAACGUAUUUCUCGGUAUUUAAACCUAUUUCUCUGUAUUUAAA